CAACCCUCGACACGCAUCCUCAAGACAAGUGUUUCCAUGACUGCGCCCCUGUGAACUCGCCCAUUCUGCCCGACGGCAUAAAGACUGCAUCCCACCCCGCCACACUCACUGCUUCCUGAAGUGUCCUGGCCCCCAUUGCACCUACUCUGCGUGCGCCCCCCAGGCGCCCUUACAUCACUCCCUCCUCCACCUAGCCCGCCCCACGCUUCACCUCCACCUCCUCCUCCACGGCCAUCUCUCUACCAUCAUGCACGAUCCAUUCCCCAUCGCGCGGCCUGAGAGCCUCGUCAAGUAUGUCCAGCCCGUGGCUGACUACCUAUCUCUCAACACGCUGCCCCUGCACUUCCACGAGGUUGUUGCUGCCUAUGUCCUGUACGACGUCACCUACCGCUUCAUUGCCCCGGCCUUUUCGCGCAUCUUUUUCCCUCGCGUAUAUGCCACCUUCAACGCUCGCACAAAGCUAAACUGGGAUGUCCACAUCGUGUCGUUUGUCCAGAGCACCCUCAUCUGCAGCCUAGCCCUGUGGGUCAUAUGGACAGACAAGGAGUUGAAUAGCAUGGACAGGAUAGAACGUGUGCAUGGAUAUACGGGUGCGUCUGGCUUGGUCCAGGCAUUCGCCGGGGGCUACUUCCUGUGGGACUUGGUCAUCACGGUCCAGAAUGUCAAGAUCUUUGGAAUCGGCAUGCUGUUUCAUGCCAUCUCUGCUCUCUGCGUCUUCUCGCUUGGUUUCCGUCCAUUCGUAAACUACUAUGCGUGCACUUUUAUCCUCUACGAACUCUCCUCGCCCUUCCUCAACAUCCACUGGUUUUGCGACAAACUCAACAUGACUGGUAGCACCGUCCAGUUCGUCAACGGCCUAAUGCUACUCUUCACCUUCUUCUCCUGCCGUCUUGUCUGGGGAACCUACCAGUCAAUCCGCGUCUUCGGCGACGUCUACCACCUAUACAUGAAUGGCUAUGUCCCACAGCACGACCCCGAGGUGGGCAAACUGUCAGACGACACUUAUGUCAACAACGCAGGCUUCAAGAACCAUCUUCUUCAAUACUCCGUCGGCCAAACUAUUCCACUCUGGAUCAUCUCUGCCUACCUAGCCUCCAACCUUAUCCUCAACGGCCUCAACUGGUUCUGGUUCGGCAAGAUGAUCGAGACACUACGCAAGCGCUUCGACCCACCUAUUGGUACAAGGAAAGCACAGCCCAAAGUCGCCGCCGCUCCCGUUGAGAUUCCCGAAAACGAAAAGGUCUUGAUUGAGGGUAUUCACGUCUCUACCCCUGGUGUCGUUGAAAAGGACACUGAAGAUUAUGUCAAUGUAGCGUCUCCCAAGUCGCUUCAGUUUCAGAAGAACAAGAGCGGGACGCACCUGGAAGUCAAGCAGAGCGAGGUUCGCAGUCGAAACCCUUCGCAGAGAGCCGCUCAUGCGGCAUGAGAAUCUCCUUUCCCCCCAGGUUGGUCAAGGCCGGUAAGUAUGGAGCGAUGAUCCCAUGGCUUCGGGAUAUGCACCGGUUUCUUUUUAUCCUAUUCUUCUUUGUCAGGUGCAUCAGUCUUGCAUGCUGAUCCGUCUAAAAUCUCGUCUCCAUUUCGUGAAUCGUCUAAUACACAACCUAUUCAUUUAUCGUUUUCUCCUACUACGUCAUGCAUCGUCGUUUUCUCCUCCAUUUUAACCCUUAUUUCUUCACUUGCAUGACUCGCUCUGCAAUGUCGACCUGACCAGCAGCAAAAAUGCCUAGUUAUUAUGUGUGCUAGCCUCGAAUAUAGUAUACUUACUACGUAGGGCUCCAUAGUAACAAGAUUGGUGAUCCUGCCGAGUUGGUACCGCGCAAGAUUGUCAACGUACUUAUUUGUCUUAGUUUACGAAGAUG